AUGGGCCGCAAGUUCUUCGUCGGCGGCAACUGGAAAUGCAAUGGAACUGUGGAACAGGUAGAGAGUAUCGUCAACACUCUGAACGCUGGACAGAUCGCCUCUACGGAUGUUGUCGAGGUUGUCGUCAGCCCGCCCUAUGUCUUCCUUCCCACCGUCAAGGGUAAGCUGCGCCCAGAGAUCCAAGUCGCUGCUCAGAACUGCUGGGUGAAGAAGGGCGGUGCUUUCACCGGUGAAGUCAGUGCUGAGAUGCUUGUCAACCUCGGCGUUCCCUGGGUCAUCCUUGGACACUCUGAAAGGAGGAGCUUGAUGGGAGAAUCAAGCGAGUUUGUUGGAGAGAAGGUUGCAUAUGCACUUGCUCAGGGCUUGAAGGUCAUUGCAUGUGUUGGUGAGACUCUCGAGCAGCGAGAAGCUGGAUCAACCAUGGCAGUUGUCGCUGAACAGACAAAAGCAAUUGCUGUGUGGGCCAUUGGCACCGGUAAAGUUGCGACACCGGCUCAGGCGCAGGAAGUCCAUGCCAAUCUGAGGGACUGGCUCAAGACCAAUGUGAGCCCCGAGGUUGCUGAAUCCACGAGGAUCAUCUAUGGAGGAUCUGUAACUGGCGCAAGCUGCAAGGAGUUGGCAGGGCAGCCCGACGUUGAUGGUUUCCUCGUUGGUGGAGCUUCUUUGAAGCCUGAGUUCAUUGACAUCAUCAACGCCGCCACCGUGAAGUCCGCCUAA